GGACUGCAACCUGUGAUGGAGAUUGCUAGCAACGCUGAUGCUUUCCAGCCAAUUGAUGGCGCCGGCCGUGCAUGCCGAGGAACAAACGAAACAGAUACCCAGCCAGCUUACUACGUGAGCUACAAUCCAUCAGAGGUGGCUACUUUGGCAGCUUGCAAGGCCAUGUGUGUGGGAACACCAGAAUGCCAGGGGAUUCAGUUCAGCAUUUACGGCUGCCAGGUUUGGACACGACCAGAAGGAAUUGAAAAUACGGCAAUUUCUCCUGCCCUCACAUGCCUCAGAUAUUCGCCAUUUCGUUUGAUAGAUGGCUUUGAAGAUCGCUCUUGCAGAGGCCAAAAUUCCGCGGACACCAAUUUGAAUUUUUGGUACUCACAGGUUUCUUCGGCACAGGUAUGUCAACAGAACUGUUUGCAGACCCCAGAGUGCACAGGCAUUGAGUAUGACAGGAGUACUUUGGGCUGCAAGGUUUGGACUACGAGUAUUCUGGCAAGUGUGGCUUCAAGCAGUAAGACAUGUAUGAGGUACGAACCUUUCUUUGAAGCUGACGGGGGGAUGAGCCGAUCCUGUAGCGGACCUGGCGGUGAGAGUUGGCCAAGCUACUACCUGGUCUACAAUCAUACGUGGACCUCGGGUCCCUCCAUUGAUGAGUGCAAAGAGAGAUGCCUCGCAGUAUCUGGAUGCCGUGGCCUUGAGUACACAAAGACAUCAUGCAAAGUUUGGACCCGGACAAUCCAAUCCACUGUUUUGCGACAAGGCUCUCUUUGUCUACGCUUUGGUUCUUUUGAUCCUCACGAGCUUUUGGAUGCAUUUGUUGCUGUCCACGGUGGCUUGAACAGGGCAUGCCGAGGAAGCAACGCGAGUGACAUAGAUGCAAGCUACUUUACUUCAGUUGGUCCAGCACGAGCAGGAAGUCUUGAGGCUUGCAAAAUCCUUUGCAUGAGAACUUCUGCUUGCAAUGCAAUACAGUUUAGUUCAUCUGAAUGCCAACUCUGGACUCGGAACGAAGGUGUCGAGGCGACAGUUUUGACAGAAGGUGUUCAGUGUCUGAAGCUUCAACCAUUCAGAGACUUUGAUGGAAGCCAAGAUCGCUUGUGCGAAGCCACAUCUCAGCCAGAUGGCAUCGCAGUUGGCUCUUUGAGAGACUGCCAAGAUCUUUGCUACGAGUCUGUCAGGUGCACAGGAAUAAAUUUCAAUAAUGGAAUCUGCCAUGUUUUCACUGGCGACUUCUCGAGUCGUUCAAGCCCAGGCAGCCGAUGCUCCAGUUUCCAACCGUUUGUAUCUGUGGAUGGAGGUGUUGAUAGGGAUUGCAGAGGUGCGCAUGAGGAUGACACGCGCGAAGCGCAUUUCUUGCAAUCAGAAGCAUCAACACUUGAGGACUGCAAACUACAGUGCCUUUUCCACCCAAUGUGCAAAGGCGUUGCGUUCUCAGGUCCGGGUUGCAAACUAUGGACCAGAACGAGGGGAAUCCAGGCAUCGAAAUUUGCUCCAGGGCACGUUUGCUUGAAAUUGGGCGUGACCGAUCCUCUAUAUGAUUUAUCAGUUUCAGCUUUCACUCUGAUUGAUGGAGGUCACAACCGAGCUUGUCGGGGACAAGAUGUUUUUGACAACUUGGACAGUCACUUUACUGUGCAUCUGAACUGGCCUGAAAACUCAUCCGUAGAAGCAUGUCAGAGCCUUUGCAUGCGAACUCCUGCCUGCAAAGGCAUUGAGUUUCGCUCCGGUGCCUGUGAAGUUUGGACACUUGCUGGUGGGAUCCAAGCAACAGUUGCUUCAAUUGGGAGGGCGUGUUUUCGAUAUGAGCCCUUCCAAACACUUGAUGGCUUCGAGGAUCGGGUGUGCCGCGGGAGCCAUGCGGGAGACUCGCAAGCUAGUUACUACAGCAUCUAUGCACCUAGUGAAACCCCUACAUUGGAUUCUUGCAAAGAGCUAUGCAUUCGAACGCAGCACUGCAAGGGCAUCGAAUAUCGAGGUUGGUGUGAGGUUUGGACACGGCCGCAGGGAAUAGAUGCUGUUGCUCCCUCAAUAGGAUCACAGUGCUUGCAAUAUCGCCCAUUUAUGACUGUGGAAGGUGGCACAAAUCGUGAAUGCCGAGGGGCAGAUCCAAGUGAUAAGCGGAGCAGUUACUUCGUCGCUUAUGGAGCCAGCGAGGCUACCUCUCUAGAAGAUUGCAAGUCAUUAUGUGUCCGAACAGUAAACUGCAAGGGAGUUACAUAUAGUGCAGGCUACUGCGAAGUGUGGACUCGCCGAGGUGGUAUUCAAGGUUCUGCAUACAGUAGCGGGUCCUUGUGCCUGAGGUUAGGUCCCGCCGAUGUUUGGGAUGACAACAAUGCCUUUCGGCCUCUGAGCAGUACAUUUCUAGGGUUUGGCACAUGUCAUGCUCCUGGCAUGUCUUUGCUUUCGUACGGUCCCGAGGCAGCUUCGUCACUGCAAGCCUGCAAGCUGAAAUGCAUGUCUACUCCAUCAUGCCGAGGAAUUGCUUUCAACUCUACUGGCUGCUUUGUAUGGCUGGGAUCUGGCACCCUAUCCACAAAUCCAGAUGCAGAAUCCAUUUGUCUCAGCUAUGAGCCAUUUAGGGAUGUGGAUGGAGGCGUGGGACGCGACUGUCGCGGCCAUGAUGGCAGUGAUCUAGACUCCAGCUAUUUCGUGCAAUUUCCGGCUGGAUCUCUGCAAGCUUGUCAGGAUCUUUGUGUACAACAGGCCGAAGGAGAUGUAGUAGGAAAGCCAUGCAAGGGAAUUGCAUACGACUCAACGGUCGGGUCAUGCCGUCUUUGGGUUCGUUCUCAGGGCAUUGGUGCAACAGUAGAUAUGAGCAAUGCUGUAUGUCAGAGAUAUGAACCGUUUCUUGAUUUGGAUGGAGGGAGUGGUCGAGCAUGCAGAGGAGCACAUGGUCAGGACAUUCAACCUCAUUACUUUGUGGAGUAUGGCCCUGCACAAGCUUCAAAUCUGGACACCUGCCGAAGCUUGUGUAUUGCUACUCCCGGAUGCAGAGGCAUUGAGCACGACACCCUCAACUACAGGUGCAUGCUUUGGUCUCACCCAGUCCAGACCACUGUUGGCAAGGACUCGUCAAUAUGUUUGAGGCUUGGACUGCAACCUGUGAUGGAGAUUGCUAGCAACGCUGAUGCUUUCCAGCCAAUUGAUGGCGCCGGCCGUGCAUGCCGAGGAACAAAUGCAACAGAUACCCAGCCAGCUUACUACGUGAGCUACAAUCCAUCAGAGGUGGCUACUUUGGCAGCUUGCAAGGCCAUGUGUGUGGGAACACCAGAAUGCCAGGGGAUUCAGUUCAGCAUUUACGGCUGCCAGGUUUGGACACGACCAGAAGGAAUUGAAAACACGGCAAUUUCUCCUGCCCUUUCAUGUCUCAGAUAUUCGCCGUUUCGUUUGAUAGAUGGCUUUGAAGAUCGCUCUUGCAGAGGCCAAAAUUCCACGGACACCAAUUUGAAUUUUUCGUACUCACAGGUUUCUUCGGCACAGGUAUGUCAACAGAACUGUUUGCAGACCCCAGAGUGCACAGGCAUUGAGUAUGACAGGAGUACUUUGGGCUGCAAGGUUUGGACUACGAGUAUUCUGGCAAGUGUGGCUUCAAGCAGUAAGACAUGUAUGAGGUACGAACCUUUCUUUGAAGCUGACGGGGGGAUGAGCCGAUCCUGUAGCGGACCUGGCGGUGAGAGUUGGCCAAGCUACUACCUGGUCUACAAUCAUACGUGGACCUCGGGUCCCUCCAUUGAUGAGUGCAAAGAGAGAUGCCUCGCAGUAUCUGGAUGCCGUGGCCUUGAGUACACAAAGACAUCAUGCAAAGUUUGGACCCGGACAAUCCAAUCCACUGUUUUGCGACAAGGCUCUCUUUGUCUACGCUUUGGUUCUUUUGAUCCUCACGAGUUUUUGGAUGCAUUUGUUGCUGUCCACGGUGGCUUGAACAGGGCAUGCCGAGGAAGCAACGCGAGUGACAUAGAUGCAAGCUACUUUACUUCAGUCGGCCCAGCACGAGCAGGAAGUCUUGAGGCUUGCAAAAUCCUUUGCAUGAGAACUUCUGCUUGCAAUGCAAUACAGUUUAGUUCAUCUGAAUGUCAACUCUGGACUCGGAACGAAGGUGUCGAAGCGACAGUUUGGACAGACGGUGUUCAGUGUCUGAAGCUUCAACCAUUCAGAGACUUUGAUGGAAGCCAAGAUCGCUUGUGCGAAGCCACAUCUCAGCCAGAUGGGGUCGCAGUUGGCUCUUUGAGAGACUGCCAAGAUCUUUGCCACGAGUCUGUCAGGUGCACAGGAAUAAAUUUCAAUAAUGGAAUCUGCCAUGUUUUCACUGGCGACUUCUCAAGUCGUUCAAGCCCAGGCAGCCGAUGCUCCAGUUUCCAACCGUUUGUAUCUGUGGAUGGAGGUGUUGAUAGGGAUUGCAGAGGUGCGCAUGAGGAUGACAUCAGCGAAGAGUACUUUGUACGAGCCCAAGUCCCCACACUGGAGGACUGCAAACUGCAUUGCCUCUUCCAUUCCACUUGUAUCGGUCUGGCAUUCUCAAGUGGGGAUUGCAAACUGUGGACACGGAGCGAUGGAAUUCGGUUCUCCAAGUUUCAACCUGGCUCUACAUGUUUGCGAUAUCAUAUGUCAGAUAGCUUGCUGGUUGACUGCGCUUUUGAGCCAGUCGAUGGAGGAAAGGAUCGUGCAUGUCGUGGAAUGAACGAGAGCGACAACCUCGACAGUCACUACACAGUGCAUUUGACAUGGCCAGAGAAUUCAUCGGUCGAAUCCUGUCAAGAUCUUUGCCAAAAUACUUUGGGAUGCAAAGGCGUCGAAUUUCGACUUGGCGCAUGUGAGAUCUGGAUGCUAACAGAAGGAAUCCAGGCCUCGGUGUGGGCUGCUGGUCGAACCUGCAUGCGGUAUGAACCCUUCCAGUCAGUGGAUGGCUUCAAUGACCGGGUGUGUCGUGGAAGCAAUGCAACAGAUUCCCUGGACGAAUACUUCGACAUCUAUUCACCCCUUCAGGCUCCGACCUUGGAAGCAUGCCAGAACUUGUGUUCCACAACGUCUGGAUGUCAAGGCAUUGAGUACAGAGGAUGGUGUGAGGUUUGGACGCGGCCAGAUGGAAUAAUGGCAACGGCCUUUUCACCUGGUUCUCAGUGCCUCACAUACAAACCCUUUGUCGGAGUUGAUGGCGGCUCGAAUCGAGCUUGUCGCGGGUCUCAUCCCGGAGACACAUGGAGCAGCUACUACGAACUUUAUGGUCACCAGGGUCAAGAUCUUGUUGAGUCUCUAGAUCAAUGCAAGUCGCUUUGUAUGGCCAAUCCAAGCUGCAAAGGAAUCGAAUAUCGUGACGGUCGCUGCGAAGUUUGGACACGUCGUGCUGGCAUAGGCUCUUCAGCCGCAAGCACAGGUUCCAUGUGCCUUCGCAAAGGUGUGGCAAACGGAGCCGGCAUCGGACUUGUCGGACUUGAUGCCUUCGAAGCUGUUUUUGGUGUAAACAAGACAUGCCUUGGCUCCAACUCCACCGAUCCCCCCACUGUUUGGGGCCCAGAGAGUGUUGCAACAGAGGAAGAGUGCCGGGCUCUUUGCAUGUCAACUCCUGGAUGCACAGGCAUUGAUUUCAGUUUCGAAGGAUGCAGAGUUUGGACAUAUGAAAUUCAGAGCUCAGCGCCUCAGGCUGGUUCCACCUGUUUGGCAUAUGAUGCCUUCGAAGCAGUUGAUGGGGGAGAAGACCGUGCUUGCCGUGGGCUUGACUCCGCUGACGACAGUGCUUUCCAUUACAUUUGGCAUGAUUCGAUUGCCGCUCCUUCCUUGUCAGACUGCAAGCUGCAAUGCAUGAUUCUUUUUGCGUGCAAAGGCAUAUCCUUCGAUGCUUCAGGCUGCCAGAUUUGGACGAGAGACCAAGGCAUCCAAGCAAGUAUUGCUCUCCCAGGAAGCAAAUGCCUUCGUUAUGUGCCGUUCACUCCAAUAACUCUUCCCGGCAAAGACCAGGCCUGUCUUGGAACCUCUGGGAGCUUUCAUGCCUAUACCCAUCAAGAGAUUUCCUCAUUGGAGCUUUGCCGCGUGCGCUGCGUUGAGACCCCCGGCUGUACAGCUGUCGACUUUGGUGCUCUGGGCUGCAGAGUUUGGACUGAAGAUGUCAUUCAGACCGAAGAUAGGAAAGGCUCCACGUGCUUGCGAUAUGGCUCGAUGUUCUCGAAUGCGUCAGCUUUCAAACCCGUUAAUGGCGGGAUGGAUCGCGCAUGCCGUGGAAUGAACGCGAGCGACAACUCGGACAGUUACUACGACUUGCUCUGGUCAUGGCCAGAGAACUCUUCAAUAAGCGCUUGCCAAGACAGAUGUGUUCGUACGCCAGGGUGCCAAGGCAUUGAAUUUCGAGAGGGCGGCUGCGAAGUUUGGCUGGUGAAGAUUGAGAGUUUCGUUUUCGCUGGGGGACGGACCUGCAUGCGUUACGAACCUUUUCAAUCAUUGGAUGGUUUUGACAAUCGUGUCUGCCGAGGAAGCAACCUUACUGACUCGAUGGAAAGUUAUUAUUCUUUGAAGUCGCCAGAUGAAACACCAACUUUCGAGUCGUGUCAAAACCUUUGCGUUGCAACUCCAGCUUGUAAAGGUGUCGAAUAUCGUGCCAAUGGAUGGUGUGAGAUUUGGACCAGACCUGAUGGCAUCAGUGCAGUGGCUCCAUCUUUAGGCGCUUCAUGUUUGCGCUACGAGCCGUUCGUCUUUGUUGAUGGUGGGGUAAACCGAGCAUGUCGAGGCGCCAGUGUUUCUGACAAUUGGCAAAGCUAUUACAACCUCGUUUCCUCAGACUCCUCUGCCAACACCUUCCUUUCCCUUGCUGAAUGCAAGAGUGCCUGCCUCAGCACAUGGAAUUGCAAGGGAAUUGAAUAUGACUCUGGCCAGUGCAAAGUGUGGCACCGUUCUGCUGGAAUUGGCACAACAGUUCCCAAGAUGGGUGCAGUUUGCAUGCGCUUUGGCCCAGCUACCCUGGCUACUACUGAUGCCUUUGUAGAAUUUCAAGGGGGGCAAGACCGCUCCUGUCGAGGCUCCGAUGUCUCAGACAUUGAUCCAGACUAUUAUGUCUUAUUUGGACCUGCUCGGGCAAGCACAUUGGAAGAGUGCAAAGUCCUUUGCGUCUCCACCCCAGACUGCAGGGGGGUUGAUUUUAGUGAAUCUGGAUGCCAGGUUUGGACAAGGGAUGGUGGAAUUCUUUCAACUUCUUCAGAGAAAGGUUCGGUUUGCCUGACAUAUGAACCGUUCCAGACAGUGGAUGGAGGUACUGACCGAGAAUGCAAAAGUGACGGAGUUAAUUUGCUAGACAGUUUCAUUUUCUAUGAUGCUGCAUUAGCUCCAUCUUUGCAGAUCUGCAAGCAGAGAUGUGCCGCACGAGCAAACUCAAGUUUGACAACUCAAACGCAAGAUGUUUGCAAAGGGAUUUCGUUCAAUGAAAGUGGAUGUGUUGUUUGGCUGGUCGGCAUUCAAGGAUCUACAGCAAGCGAAGGAAACACUUGCCUGCGCUUUGAACCUUUCAUUGAUAUCAAUGGGGGGCAGGACCAGUCAUGCCGAGGAGCACAUGUCUUCGAUGAUUCCAGCUUACACUAUACAUCUUUCAGCAGGUCAGAAGUCCUUACUCUGGGGGAAUGUAGGUCCAAAUGCGUGGAGAUUUCGGGUUGCCGGGGAAUUGAGUUCAAUCAGCAAGAUUGCAGAGUCUGGUUGAAGGUGGAAGGAAUCGGCACAACAGUUCAACAAGUCGGAUCCAUCUGUCUCCGUUUCGGAAGUCCAGACCCUUUCCGCGCAGCUUCCGCCUUUGAUCCUGUGGAUGGUGGUUUGCAUCGUGCUUGUCGUGGAGCCAAUGAAAGUGACAACUCCGAGGCCCACUGGAAAUUCCACAGCAUCUCUGAAGUAAGAACCUUGGAGGCGUGCGAAAUGCGCUGCAUUUUCACAGCUGGCUGUGUGGGCAUUGAGUUCAAUCGCUGGGGCUGUGAAGUAUGGAUGCGAAGUGGAGGCAUUGAGACUUCAGUCUAUGCUCCAGGCUAUCAGUGCUUCCGCUAUGAACCAUUUCGCUCUGCAGAUGGCUUUGAUGACAGAGCCUGCAGAGGGGCCAACAUUGAUGAUAAUAAUGGCGAGCAUUUCACUGCCUAUCUGACUAGCAGCUCUUUCGAUGGCACGUUACUCGAUUGCAAGCGCCUGUGCACCACAACUUCAUCCUGCAAGGGCAUUGAGUACUUGAACGGACGUUGCGAGGUGUGGACGAGGUCAGCCGGAAUUGGCGCAACAGCUCCUGCGCUCGGAUUGCAAUGUCUUCGCUAUGAGCCAUUUCUCAAUGUGGAGGGUGGAAUUGAUCGAGCCUGUCGUGGAGCAGAUCCAUUCGAUGACUGGCCAAGCUACUACACAUUGACCUCAACCAGUUCAGUGCAGGAGUGUCAGCAACUUUGCAUGGGCACUGUUGGCUGCAACGGGAUUGAAUACAGCCGAGAUGGCAGAUGUGAACUUUGGACAAGGGACAGGGGCAUUGGCAGCUCUGCAUCAUCAGUUGGCUCAAUCUGUAUGCGAUAUGGCUCAUGGGAUCCAUCUGAAGUACUGGAUGGCUUUUUGCCAGCAGAUGGAGGCCUGGACCGCGCAUGUCGAGGAGUAGACAGAAAUGACUUCAAUUCCAGCCACUAUUCAUGGUACGCACUGGACAUGGCCCCAACGUUGGAUGCCUGCAAAGCGAUUUGUACUAUCACACCCGGUUGUAAAGGCGUUGAAUACAGCCACUAUGGGUGCGAAGUGUGGACUCGGUACGAUGGCAUUGAGGCAACUGCGGAAGUUUCUGGUAUUCAGUGCUAUCGUUAUGUGGCAUUUGAGGCAGUAGAUGGUGGCCAUGGUCGUGCAUGCAGAGGAGCAAAUGAGGAAGAUUCAGGGGAGCACAAUUACAUUCUCCUUGCUGAGAUUGGUUCACUCGGAUCUUGUCAGGCACAGUGCCUGGCUAGACCUGGAUGCAAAGGAGUCUCCUACAGCCUACACGGCUGUGAGUUAUGGACAAGAUCUUUCGGCAUCGGCUCUUCUGUUGCUCAGGAAGGCUCUUUCUGUUAUCGACAUGAGCCAUUUACAUCAGCAGAUGGUGGCAAAGACCGAGCGUGCAGAGGAGCCAAGCCCUGGGAUAAUUCUACCGAGCACUUCAGAGAGGUAAAUCUACGUGGAGGAACAUUGGCAAAGUGCAAAGCACUCUGUGUAGGGUCACCCGGCUGUAAAGGCAUUGAGUUCAAGCCAACCGGAGCAUGCUUGAUCUGGACGAGACCAGGAGGAAUUGAUGCAACUGCAGUAGCUCCAGGUUCUAUUUGCCUCAGAUAUGGAGCCACACAAGCAGGAACAGCUGAAGAAGGGAGCCGGAUUGGGCAGAUACAUGUGGCAUCGAAUCCCGAGCUGUGUCUUGAUGUUGGUGGGCUGGCGAAUGGCAACCCAGUGCAAGUAUGGCCCUGCGCGAAUGCCACACGGUUUAUUCUCAACAACGAUUCCACAGCUCAAAUUCGAUGGCUUGACUAUCCCAACAAGUGCCUUGAUGUUGACUCUGGAAUUAAAAGCAAUGGCACAAGGAUGCAAAUUUGGGACUGCGGUGAAGUUGCUCAUCCUAACAUGCAGUUCCUCUUUCCAGAUAGUGGAAUUGGGCAGAUCAGGUGGCAGACCCGAACAAAUUGA